AGAGCAUUGCCGUGAGAGCCCAGCUCCUCCAGCGGUACUGUACCGUGCAUGUGCAUGGCCUACUGCAGCUACAGCUACGACUGACGGAGGCAAGAAUGACACCGGCACUCCCCUGCACCCAGACAACCUGAUCGCGAGGACGGAACCGUGUCACUUCACGACAUCUACAAAAGAACACACCGCAACGAUGGCGCGUGCCACUGCACCCGUACGGACACGUCUGAUCGCGGCGGUUUUCUCAUUCACUGCACUGUGGGGAUGUGCUCUUUCCAUCACCCGGUACUCGAUUCCGGAGGAGAUGGAAGAGGGCUCCUUUGUUGCCAACCUGGCCACGGAUUUGGCUCUGGAGGUUCGCAGUUUGGUGCAGCGCAGCGCGAAGCUCGAUGUCAUCCACAGUAAGAAUUACCUUGAUAUCAACAAAGAAACCGGGGAGCUGGUGAUUCGCGAGAAGAUAGACCGGGAAACCAUAUGCAUGACUAAGGCGACCUCGUGCUUUAUGAAAAUGGAUGUCAUACUGGAAAACCCCAUUCGCAUUUUUAACAUCGAGUUGGAAAUCAUGGACAUCAACGACAACGCGCCCGUGUUCCGCAGACGGACAAUGCACUUGGACAUAUCGGAGGCAACCCCUCCCGGAGAGCGGUUUUCAUUGACAAACGCCGUGGAUGCGGACGUGGGGGCGAACUCGAUCAAGACCUACUAUCUCAGCGAAAGCAAUUACUUCAACAUCGACAUACAGACCGGCAGCGACGACUCCAAAUAUGUCGACUUGGUGCUGAACGGUCAUUUGGACCGAGAGGAGCACACGGUUCAUAAUUUGAUUUUAACCGCUGUGGAUGGAGGUGUGCCUCCUCGCUCCGGCACAGCCAGCAUCGUUAUCAACGUCCUGGAUAUCAAUGACAACGCCCCCCUGUUCAGUCAGCCGCUAUUUGCAGUCAAUGUGUCUGAGAACUCAGCUGCAGGAAUGGUGGUCAUGACCUUAAACGCAACCGACUUGGAUGAAGGCACCAACUCUCAGCUAAUAUAUUCGUACACGCUGUACACCUCGGAGAAGACGCAGGAGCUCUUCUCGCUCGACCCCAACACAGGUGAGAUCAAGGUGAUGGGGGUUAUAGACUAUGAGGAGGCCCAGAGCUUCGAGAUGCACAUACAGGCUCAGGACCGAGGGGCGAACCCCAAGGCCGGACAAUGCAAAGUAAUGGUGUUCGUCACCGACCUGAACGAUAACUACCCUGAGGUGACCAUACAGUCUGUGAAAAGUUCUCUGACGGAGGACGUCUCCGUGGGGACACUGAUAGCGGUGGUGAGCGUCAGCGACAGGGACUCUGGAGCUAACGGGCAAGUGGAGCUCACCUUGAACCGCCAAGAAGCGUUACCGUUCCUCCUGAAGAAAUCCUCAGAGGGUUACUUUGAGCUGCUGGUUUCAAAGCCACUAGACCGAGAGGUAAUAGGUAAAUACGAUAUCACGCUGAGGGUGACAGACAAAGGCUCGCCGCCCUUAGCGGAAAACGAAACCAUCACUCUGGAGAUUCUGGACGUCAACGACAACGCGCCCGCAUUCUCCCAGUCCUUCUACACGAUCCAUGUCGUGGAGAACAAUGUACCAGGGGCGUUAUUGACAUCACUUAGUGCGUUUGACCCCGAUCUCAAUGAGAACCAGUACUUGGUGUAUUUCAUAAUGGAGAAGGAGAUUGUGAACACGUCAAUGUCAAUGCUGUUCUCCAUCAACCCUGAGAAUGGUGAUCUCUAUGCCCUGAAGACCUUUGACUAUGAGAGGGAGAGGGAUUUCCUCUUCCACAUCGAGGCUCGAGACUCCGGUGUCCCCCCGCUGAGCAGCAAUGUGACAGUGCACAUCAUCAUCCUGGACCAGAACGACAACACCCCUGUCAUAGUGUCACCGUGGCGGGCGCAGGGCUCCGUGGUCGAGGAGGUGAUACCGAGGUCCACGGACAAGGGGCACUUGAUCGCCAAAGUGAUCGCCCUUGACGCCGACUCUGAGCAGAACGCCAGGGUCACGUAUCAGCUCCUGCAGGUCAGCGACGCGUCCCUGUUCAGCCUGGAUCAGUACAACGGGGAGAUCCGGACAACGAGGAUGUUCAGUUACAGAGACCCAAGACAGCAGCGACUGGUGAUCGUCGCCAAAGACAACGGCCAGCCCGCUCUCUCCGCCACCGUCACCAUCAAGAUAUCGACGGUGGAACACGUCUUGUCCUUUUCGGAGACCACAGAGCUGCCGCUAGAGUACGACCUCUUCACAGACCUAAACCUCUACCUAGUCAUCGGUUUAGGAGCUGUGUCUUUCCUGCUGCUGAUAACCAUCUUGGUUAUUAUUGUGCUGAAGUGUCAAAAACCAGAGCCAAAGGCCUUCAAGAUCCCUCCCCCCAACAGAAACAGUGUGAUCAGCAGGAACAGCAUGAUCAGUCAGAGAAGCUCCACCAUCGCAGACUCCACCCUGAUCUCCAGCGAUGCCUACUGGUACAGCUUGUUCCUCACUGAGACCAGGAAAGGCAAAGUGGUGAUGAGACAGCCGAUUAUUCCCAAAGGAGCUGGGUAUUUUGUGUCCAGCAUACCCAGGAGCAUAGGGCCAAGCGAGACCACGGACUCCAGAGCAUCCACGCUGGAGUACUCAAAAUGACAGGAAGUCCAUUCUACAACUGGAGCAGGCGCCCAGAAGAGAACUGCCAUGAUAUAAUCAUCUCUUCAUGAGAGUCUCUGGCUGGAAUUCUUCCCUGUGACUCACAAAGAAGAUGUAAAACAUCUGCCCUCCCCCAGUCCCCUGCGCUCCAACUUGUUCUUUCUCUAGAAACAUCGACCACGAACCACCUCAGCUUUUUACCUUCUUUUCUCUCUUAAGCAUGGAUCUGCAUGAUUCCACAACAUUCAAAAUAUUUGGACAUAGGAUUAAAAUAAUUGAUGGCAGGAUAUUUGGACAUUGCCUUUGAGACUUUGCCUCAUGUAGUAAAUCAUUCCCUUCUUAACGCUUUGAAGCUCCUCAGUGGACAUAUUUGCCUUCUCUCCACGGUUUACUCUGUGUGCUGUAGUUCUAGAAACCAUGAGUAGCUCCACAUAUACGUAAGUCGCAAUCAUGCAACCUUUUUUAAGCUCAAAACACGCCUAUUCACAAAUUCACGUAUGAAUCAGGGCGAAUAUGAUUCUUCCAUAAAGCGGAUCAAUGAUUAACUGUAGCUGGUUACGUCACUGAUUCAGGCUUUUGAUCUUUUUCUGAAUAAUAAUGUCUAACAUAUUAUGGGUCACACUGUCAACUAGUAACUUGCCGAUAAAAUAAUCUGACUUUUUUUAACAAUGUUCGUUCUACUCAACAGUGAUGGAUGUGUGAAAAUGACAAAAAAAGAAUGAAAGAAAAGAAGAAGAGAAAAAAAGGGAAAAAACAAACAGGAGACAUUUUGUUUCUCAUUUUAUUUUAUUGUAGAUACUGUAGUUCCAUUGAAAUGAUAAUGAGGUCAGAGAAGCAAAGGGACUUUUAACGGCCUCACUAACAUCAGGUGUACAGUUCAUUCCUUAUUGACAUCUGUGCUGUUAUGUCUGAUUGGACACACCGUUAUCAUUCUGUAUUGGGGAGUCAUGAUUUAUAAUGCGAGGUUGAAUGGGGGAGGUGUGUCCUGAAUUUUCAUUCAGAGGAUCGAUGACAUCACACAAUGGGGGUGUGAGGGAUUUAAAACAUUCAAACGUGUCGAACAGUAUUUUUAAAAACAGGGUCAAAUGUCAAAUCCACUUUUUCUGUAACAAGAUGUGUCUUUUCACACUUUUAAGGUAUUAUAGCCACAAUCUAAUUCCCACAGAUGAACCUGGCAAUCCAAAUAUGAACUGUAAAUCAUAUUCAAUAAAAUAAUAAAAAAAUGACAGAGGAAAUAUAUAAAAAAAUAUUUGUAAUGAUAAUUACUCAAGAUGAAAAAUAUUGAAUUGUAUUGAUCUUUGCCAUGGUACAAGUUGGGUUUAAGGUCAAGGCAAGGUAUUGUUUUAUGAAUAUUCAUGUUUUUAUAGAUAUUUUAUGUAUUUAACUUUUAAUGCUGCUUUCGUGAACUUCUUCAAGGCCAUUUUGUGUUGCGUAUCGGUAGUUUAAUACAUAUGAUGUUGUUUUGAUAUCGUACAUAUGUUACAAAUUGAAACCAGAGUACUUUUCUUGACCUCAAAGGUAGCGCUGUUUCACUCCUGUGAAGCCCAGGACUUUCCUUCCUCAGAAACAAGGAGCUCAUUAGGACCACGUAUUAGGGUGCUAAAUGAUUGAGCCAAGUUGGGUGAGCGAGGGAGAUGGGAUUGGGAGAAGGGGAGCAAAGUGCUAAAUAUAGACACAGUACUUAGAAGCUGACUCUGCAAGUAAAAAAAACAUGAACGCACAAGUUGUGAGCAGAUGACAGCGCUUUGAAAUAUGCACCAGACCUCGCUAAUGCAAUGGAGAGAGAAUAUUUCUCGAUCUAUCGGCUUCAUAUUCUGAGUCGGUGAAAUCUAACCCCUCUCUCCCUCUCUCCCUCCCUCUCUCUCUCUCUCUGUAUCCUCUCCCACUGUUGCCUGGUUCUGGUGGUGCACCAGGCUUCCCAGAUAUAAACACAGCUGUCUGUCAGACUAAAGAUGUCACUUGAUGAGGGAUCUCUUGCUGUGGAGUACAUGUUAUGUGUGCAAUCAACGCCUGAACCGGUUUGAAUCCAACAGUGUUUAUAGAAAUAAUGAAUUGCACAUAUGACGAGCUCCUUGCGUGCCUUCUGCAUUGUAAAAGAUAUACGUGACUGUUGAUGAAUGAAAUAAAGGCACGUCAUACAAUAUUACAAUUUACAAAAGUGACAGGACCCCAAUGAUGAAAUACCUUGAAUUGCUCGGGCGUUGCUGGAUAGGGGCUCAGCCUUUUGGUUUCAUGAUCUACUGAGAACCGGUAAAUGCAUUUACUGUAAAUUUAACUGCUUUAUACUUUGUGUUUUUUAUACAGUAGACUUUUUUGAUAUCUAUCUGUAUUCACUGUGAUCAAAUGGCACAGGAGGUGCUCGGUAUAGUAAAAGUGCGUUAUUUCUCAUCUGUGUAUACCUUCGAUUUUCUUUUUUCCUCCGCUAAUUUGCCAGUCAGAUUGUACAGUAUGCUUCGGGAAUUGCAUCAGACCCAAUCUAGUUCCAUCCCACUUCGUGGAUCAAAGACAGUAUGGGAGAGAAUGGUCUUGCUUUAUUUUCAAGUCUAGUUAAUUGUCAAACUUUUGAUGUUGCUUAUUUGGCUUAAAUGUUCUGCCUGAUCAUGCUAGUUUGAAUAAAGCUUUUUAACUCUC